AAAAAAUUCCGUCGCAGAUUUGCGCUUCCAAGUUAAUGUUUGUGUUUUGAUUUCGUUUAAAAAAGAAAGAUUUGUUUAUCCCACCCAGACGCGCCAUGACCAGCAGCUGGUCCACCGAGGAGACGAACCUGCUGAUCCGGAAGCGGCUCGAGAUGUUCGGCUGCGCCCGAUCGGACAAAGUUUACGACCAGAUUUCGCUGUGGCUCGCCGAGGAGCACAACUUCUAUAAAAAUGCCGCCGCGUGCCAGACCCGGUUCAACAACGUGCUCAAAACGUACCGGUCCUGCGUGAAACGAGUCAACUCCGGGGGAUUCCUGUGCAAGAUCCGGUUCCCGUUCUUUGACAUCUUUCACGAGUACUACAGCAAGCAGCAGGGAGGAGGAGGUGGGGUCGAGUCCAGCGCGAGCAGUGGGGAGAGCCCUGCCGGAAGUAAAUGCAAGUCGGAGAUCUUCCUGGAGGACAUGUUCGAGGACAGUUCGUACGGGGGAGGAGGCGGGUUGGGCGAUCCGACGGGGCCUUCGGUGGAGAGCAUGCUGAUGGAUUCGAUGCACACGGACGUGGACUUCCACAGCGGGGAUUCUCCGCAGGAUCGAGGCGACGACGAACUGACCACGUCCCUCACGGCCACCAACGGAGGAACGGUGGAAGAUCUCAAGCUGCGCCUUAUGGAACAGAAGCUCCUGUACUACACCAAUCAGAACAUGCUCCUGCAGAUAAAGCAGGUUCACUACCGGCAAAAGGAGCAGGACCGAGCCCGGGGACAGCUCAUGGCCGAAGAAAUCCUCCGCGUCCUCAAAGGAAUUCACAGCUGCCUCAGAAAGACCGCCGACCUUCGGGUAACUCAAAAAGAGCCCGAAAGCAAACCCCUUUCCGUUCAAAUCCCGGAAGAACCCGACCGGAAACCCGAUCUCAAAGAGCAAGACGAACAGCUCGAAGAGGAGGAAGCGGAAGAGGAAGAGCUGGAGGAACCGGAAGCCGGAGGCCUCCACCUCUACGUAGAAUCUGACGAAGACGACGACGUGGAGGAAAACGGCAUGGACGUGCAGCAGCCUCCAAGCAGUCCGGAACGGACCGCCAAAAAGGAGGUCGGAAGACUAAAAGUCCGCAAAAACAUCUUCCCACCGUGGAAUCGCAUCCAGACGGUGCUCCUGAUCAAGAUUCACUGCGAUCUGAGGCCGAAAUUCAAGGGUUACAACCUGUUCGAGUGCGUCUCGAACAAGCUGAUCGAGCUGCACAUCAACCGAACGCCGCGCGAUUGCCGGACGCGGUGGAACAACCUGUUCCGGACGUACAAGGACUGCCGGAGCAGGCUGCGGGUAAACGAGAAGGCCGCGGUCAAGUUUGAGUACUUUGACGAGAUCGACGCGUACUUUAAGGACAAGGAGUUUCUGGCGUUGUGAUAGUGGUUGGUUGUUGGAAGAGUUGAGGACGCGUCGACUGCGAAUAAAAUGUUGAUGAGAAUGUUGUAGAUAAUUGA